AUGUUCGGCCCUGAUCGGUGUCCGAAGAUCAAACUCUCGCCCGAGGACCGCGAGCUGUACGACAAAGCCGCGCGGAAGUUCCUGCAGGACACUAUGUCCGAGCGUGCCAAGUUCAACGCCAUGAACAUCGAAUCGCAGCACUGGGCCUUCGUCAAGCGCCGCAAAGAGGUCAGCGUCUUCAGUAGCGUACCCGGAUCGACGAACAAGUCGACCACCAUCAUGGUGGGAACAGGCCUCAUUGACGGCCGACUGGAAGACGUCAUGGAAGGGCUCUACUGCGAUAGGACCGACGAUCUUCGCACCGCACUGGUGUUAACGGGCUACAACGUCAAGGACGGGUCCAAGCUCAUCGUGCACGAGCGGUGUACGCCUGAAGACCCGUUCCGAUGCGCUGGCAUCAAGUGGUUCGCCGGUAGGUGUGCGUGGGGGUUGCAACACCGCCGUGACGUGCUAAUCUACGAGCGGAUGGGGACUACGACCGACGCGCUUGGUAAUGAGCUCACUUACCACACGUUGCAGUCAAUCAAGCGGCCGGAGUGGCCGUCAGAAUCCACGCCCGGCAUGCAGCGCCAACACACAGCGUCAUGCUACCUCUAUAUAUUGUUGUGCGCUUGCACCAACAAGACAGAGAUUUUCCUGUGGGGUUCCAUCCUCAAAUUCGGCUGGGCGCCCGAGAAGGCCAUGCAGCUCGGCAUUGCCAGCACGUGGCUCAACGUCGUCCGCAGUCCUCGCGGCGGCCGGGCCAAGAAAUUCAGCGCGCUCAUGGACGAAGCCGACAGCCACCAGUGGAUGCCAUUCAGCACGAAUUGCCACGGCUGUUACCGCCGCAAACCGAAGCUCGGGUCGUACGCGCUUUGCUCCGGCUGUCACCAGAGCGUGUGCGAGGACUGCUCCGAGCAGCACUAUAUUUUCGAGUUGGGCAAGUCCGGCAAAGCCAAGGAGCAGUGGUUCUGCGCGCUGUGUGUCAAGAACGUCACGGGCGAUAUUCAUCUGGGCCCAGGGCUGAGCUCGUCGGGUUUGGGUUACUACGACGCAAGCGUGUGCUCGACCGUUAGCAUGGGCAUGAGCAGCAGCGGCCGAAGCAGUCGCAGUGACAGCUUUCUCAGCCGCACGUUCAGCUUCAAGCGACCAAUGGAUCCGUUCCGCCCACGCGUGUCUCCUUCCGGCGAUAAAGCCCCCGGAGAGCUGACCUCGAUUGGUAGAUCCCCCGGCGGCACAUGCGUGCCACGACAGCGACGUGCGUAG